ACCUUUGCCAGAGGAGAUGCCAGGUCUAGGGCCAGCCCUUAUUCCUGGCCCCUGUAUCCCCUUACUCCAUCCCCUCUGCCCCAUGGCCACCAUCUGCCAUGGAUGAGGGAGGGUCACCAGUGCUGGGGCAAAGCAGGGCCUGCUCCCAGGCUUUGAUGCCUACCCAUCACAGAAGGGGAGGGGCUCCUUAAGGAGGUCCUUUCAGGGUCUUCCUCCUCCAAGGGCUGGCCUGGAUGCCACUUCGGGCCCCAGUAAGGUACUGAGUGCUCAUUCUGGUCAGGUGCUGGUGCCAAGGGUGGGUGAUCAUGAAUGCCCUCACAUGCUCAGCCCAGGCCUCCAUCAAAGUUAGAGGGGUGCGGGGCGAAAUCUGGAUCUGUGAUAAAAGGUCGCCUGCCAUUUACUGAGCACUUAUAAUAUGCCUGGCUGCACUGGUUGUGUCACGUGUUUGAUCAGGUAGGCUUUAUUAUUAUCCCCAUUUUACAGAUGAGGAAACAGAGGAGCUGAGUGGGAAAGAUGAAGCUGAUCCAGAUUUGUACCCAGAGCCCCUCACUACCUCUCCUGACUAGGGUGACCGGACUCUGCCAUCGAGGACCCAUGCAGGCACUGUGGUCACAACUGAUGACCAGAAGGGCGAGGACAGGGUGUCCCUGGGAGAGGCCCCCCUUCUGCUGAGGAAGCAGCUUUUCCAGUCAAACAAUAGUGGCUGUUCCUGGCAGGCCACCAAGCUGGGCCAGGCCAUGGGGGAGGGGGGAGAGAGAGGAGUAGAGCCUCCCUGGGAGCUUUUAGGCAUUGCAGGGCCUCAGCCUGGAACAUCUUGUUCUGGUACAGCUGGGGAUACUGAGGCCUGAGGACGUCAAGGGUCGCAUGAACCUGUCAGAGCAAGCGAUCCACAUCCUACCUCCUACCCCUCACCCCUGUGGCUCCCUACCCCAUCUGCACCUGCCAUCAACGAGAUGAGGGGUUCAGAGGACACUCCCCUCCCCCUGGCCCUCCAGGGGACUGGCCAGGAUGUGGUGGCUUCAGUGUUCCACUGGGAUCCACCAUGCCGGAGAGUCCAGCGGGAAAGGUGCUGCCCCACUUUCAUUCGCCUACAGUAGAGGCCCCCGAGCAGGCAGGAGGCCUGCUCAGGCCUGCUGGAUCCCAAUCAGACCUGAGGCCUGCUUUAACCUGUUUGGUUCAAAGCCUCGCAUCUGAGGCCUGCAGACGCUCAGGCCAGACAAGGGCCCCUGGAGCGUGUUCCAUCCUGCUAGGAGCCAGCCUAGGUGUGCUGGUGCCUGCUCAGCACUGGGGUUUUCGUAGACCUGAGGAGGCCAGCCCUAAUGUUGAAAUGAGCCCAAGUUGGCACUAUCAAGCCUCAGAUCUGGGGUGUCUGCCAGUGCUGGGGGGGCCUGCUUGGGCAUGAAGCAAGUUUAGAUGUGCUCAGGCCACGUAAGUUCUGCUAAUGACUGCAGGCUUAAGUCUCUGCUGAGAGCUGAGUACCCAGUGAGCCCCAGAUGCAUAGCCCUGUUCCCCCAAAGUUUGAGUUUUGGGCAAGUGUUAGGCCUGGCCACCCUCAGCUCCCUACCCCACAGCAUGCUGCUCAGAGGUGGCUGGAGCCCUCCCUUUUCUGAAAGUUGGGUGAGAGGAACAGAUGUGGGGGCCACCAAGUCCAGGUUAGGUUUCACCUUGUCAGUCCACUGACAGGGUUCACAAAGCACGGAGGGGUACGUAUCAACACCAGUCCUGGACAGCCCUUGCUGGGGGUCUUUUGUCUCCGCCACCCCAGCCAGCUCUGGUGGCCCUGCACCAUGCUGAGCCAUGAGAGGAAGGAGGGGGAAAGACGCCAGGACACUGUUGGCUGAGAACCACAGGGUCGCCUGGGCUGCACAGUGGACCCCACCCCUCCGUGUUCCACGGAUUUGGGGGCAGCGUUCUGUCCCAGCCCAGCCCCGGUUCGUCUUGUGGCCCUCCAAGGCUCAGUGAAAUUAAUCAUAAGAUGCGGGCCCAAGGACAGAAAUUACCCCAAGCAUCCGCUGGCUCCGGACCCCACCGCAGCGGGCGUCCAACGGAAAGGGCGGAGCCCGGAGAGGGGGCGAGGCACGGGCUGGGCCUAGAGGACUCGACGCGGGUGGGGUCAGAGGGUGAUUCCCGAGCCACUGACGAGGGGGAGGAGGCAGCAGGGGCGGAGUUCGGCGGGCUGGAAGGAGAGGAGUGUGGCUCCGGCGUUAGAAGGAGGCGUGGCCACCCUGGAUUGGCCGCCCGUCCCGCACGGCGUGGCCGUCAGGGAGCUGGCGUAGGUGGCGGCGUGGACUCGGCCGCCCACCGGCUCCUUUAAGCCCCCCGGUACCGCCCCCACCGACCCGCCCCCAGCACGGCCUGGGCCAGGUUGGCAGCGGGGUCGGCUCCGUGCGGGCAGCGAUGGAGCUGCACAUCCUAGAGCACCGGGUGCGGGUGCUGAGCCUCGCCCGCCCCGGUCUCUGGCUCUACACCCACCCGCUCAUCAAGCUGCUCUUCCUGCCCCGCCGAAGCCGUGGUGUCAGGUGGGGGCAUUCCUUCCUGGCGACCGCGGGGAGCUUUUUACAGAUGCCUCCCAUCGGGUCAGAGGGGCUGGUCUUGGGGGCCCAAGGUCCGACGCUCCGGGACUGUCGCCGCGGGUGCAAGUUCUUCAGCCUGACGGAGACCCCCGAGGAUUACACGCUCAUGGUGGACGAGGAGGGCUUCAAAGAGCUGCCCCCAUCUGAGUUCCUGCAAGUGGCUGAGGCCACGUGGCUGGUGCUGAACGUGUCAUCCCACAGUGGCGCAGCAGUGCAGGCUGCUGGGGUCACCAAGAUCGCCCGCUCAGUAAUUGCACCGCUGGCCGAGCACCACGUGUCGGUGCUGAUGCUGUCCACCUACCAGACAGACUUCAUCCUGGUGCGAGAGCAGGACCUGUCCGUGGUGAUCCACACGCUGGCCCAGGAGUUCGACAUUUAUCGAGAGGUGGGCGGGGAGCCUGUGCCCGUUGCCAGGGAUGAUUCCAGCAACGGCUUUCCCCGUGCCCAGCAUGGGCCCAGCCCCACGGUCCAUCCCAUCCAGAGCCCAGAGAACCGUUUCUGUGUCCUCACGCUGGACCCUGAGACGCUGCCAGCCAUCGCCACCACCCUCAUUGAUGUCCUCUUCUAUUCACACAGUCCCCCUAAGGAGGCAGCCUCCGGUGGUCCUGGAUCCAGCUCCAUCACCUUCUUUGCUUUCUCCCUCAUUGAGGGCUACAUCUCCAUUGUCAUGGAUGCUGAAACGCAGAAAAAGUUCCCCAGUGACCUGCUGCUGACCAGCUCCUCAGGGGAGCUGUGGAGGAUGGUGCGCAUCGGCGGACAGCCCCUGGGCUUUGAUGAGUGUGGGAUUGUGGCCCAGAUCGCAGGUCCCCUGGCUGCGGCCGACAUCUCCGCCUACUACAUCAGUACCUUCAACUUCGACCAUGCCCUGGUUCCUGAGGAUGGCAUUGGCAGUGUCAUCAAGGUCCUCCAGCAUCGGCAGGAGGGUCUGGGCUCCUGAGGCCCUGAGGGGAACAGCAGCCUCCAGGCUCUCCCCUUGUCCUCAAGCUUCCAGAGACUUCUCAAAGCUUUUUAUUCAAGCUCUGGGAUGUUCCUGUCGGGGGACUCCUCCUUCCGCUCUGUGUAUGUAAGCUGCGUGCAGACACUGGCUCUCACGUGGACACGCGUGUCUGCCCAUUGCAGGGGAACACGGUGCUCAGGGCUUCCUCCAGGAAGCCCCUCAACCCAUCACUCCCUGCGGGGCCUCGGCAUUUGCACAUUCCCUGCCUGAGGCCAGAGCCUUCCCCCUCUUAGCGUCCUGGGUGGGCCGGCUGCUCCCCAGAAGGCCUGAUCUCCCUUCUGCCUCUGGCUCUGUUGCCUUUCCUGGCCAAGUGAAUUCUGACAGUGCCUUCCCUUCCUGGGGCCUCCAAAAAAAGUAUUUUUACAUCUCUAUCUCUCUUCUUUUUUAAUCAACUUGUUAAUAAAGAGCUUGUAGUGAG